GUUUUGAACUUUAGCGUAUACCUACACCAAGCCUGAAGAAGGAGUUCAGGGAAUUUAUAGCUGAAAGGUUUGCUAACACCUUCAACGUUUAUAGCCUGCUUCUAAAUCACAUUCUAGUUUGAGCUGGUGUACCAACAUACUCUAUUGGAGGGCGAUAACUUGAAACCUGGUCAGAACUCCGUGCUUUCAGCAGAUGGUCGGCGGCCCCUUCGCCAUCGUACGCGCAAACUCGGUAUCGUACCCUAUGCGUGGGAGAGAUGAACAAGUGUCUGUGUACCAUUACGAGAAAGUAGUGGAGAGAGAAUGGACAUUUUGUAGCAAAGAUUGUUUAUAGUUUAUAGUAAAAGGUUGCAAACGCGACACAAAUUCCACUGUUGAUAAACAAGGGUGGAUACAUUUUAACACACACCAAAAUUGCUCGUCUUCCGAGACGACACGAUGUGGGAACAGGAGGAAUUCGAGAAACAUUGGAGGAAUGAAUUUCCGAAUGGAGAAGUACCUCAAAUGGAUUUAAAGUCGGUGGAUGACAUUGAGGCAGAACUUGAGAAAUGUAAAGCGAAUCUUAAAACGCUUCAGCAGGCACUAUCGGAGGAGAAAUUCAAGGUAAUCUACCUACAGACCACUCUCGCGCGACAGAAAAAAAGUUACGACGAGGAGAGGUGGCAUAGGAAGGAUGAAAACCUGAACAUCGACACUGCAAAAAAAGAGAAUGAACAAAAGUCCCUGCGAACAAACGAUAAGGUAGACAGGGCUAGUAUGCGAGCAUUUGAUAGCACGAAACAACAGGCUCCAGGUAGCAAGGGCAGCACAGACCAAGACAAUGUCAUCAGCCCAGUGGUGCGAGAAAUGAGUAGGAUCAGCACCCGGACAGGUAAACCUGUCCCUGUGCCUCCGCGGAAGCCCAGCUUUCAGAAAGGGGAUAUAGCCCUACCAGCAGUCCCUCCACAGGUCGGAAACUCUGUUGGGAAACCGAGCCCAUCUGACGACAUUGGGGACGCGAGUGAUCGCGAAUAUGAGGAUGGUGAGCUGAAUGAGAAUUUCGUCAAGAGUAACCUUGUGACUCCGAAGACGAACCCCCGAGAGAGCCAGAGAACAAAUUUACACCGGGACGCCCUGCGCCCUUUCCGCAUGAGCAGGGACUUCGACUCCAGCGACGAGGGGAGGCUGUCACCGUCAUGCAUGCAGACGUUCGGCAAGGCAUCUCGCGGGUCGGGGUGCAGCACUCCAGAGAGACGAAGUGAUGGCUACUUGAGUUCGGACCACGAAGAUUCCUCCUCGGUCUCCCCGGCACAGCAGCCCCCUGCUGUGAGCCGCACGUUCUCCGGCCUCAUCAGGCCCGGUGUUUUGGAUCCGUCUCGCCAGCGUCACAGACGUCGCAUGGCAGGAGAUCCCUCACCGGGAGGCUAA